UUGCAAUGGCAGCAAGUUUCAUUCCUGAUGACGAAUUGGUUUGUUGUGAAAAGUGUCAAGAAAAAUUUUCUGAUUUACAAAGUACUAUCUGUUUCAAAUGCCCAAACUGUGAAGCUGCUGUCGCCAUCGACUUGAGCAACACCUCGAAGCUUCCGUCUUCGUUUUUCUACAUUUCGCUAAUUAAGUUAUUCGAUGCAGUGAAACUAAAAGUUCAUACACAAAACCAAGAGCAGCCUACAGAAGAGGGUGCAGGCUGCUCCAAACCCAGCGUUGAGGAUGGUUGCCCCAAAUAUAGCAUCAACAACCGCGAUGAGGCAAUACAGUCGAAAAAGUCCUCGCGUCUGACGAUAGAGCCAUCAGGUACUGAAGUCAAGCGAGAUGUUAACACUCGUAAAAACAUCCAAGCAAUGUGCAAAGAAAAAUAUCAUGAGAAUAGUCCACUCGAAUUGUAUUGCAAAACUUGCGAGCAGUGCAUUUGCCAGAAAUGUUCAGGAACAACGCACAACAGUAACGACCAUAACAAGGUCACCAUCAAGGAGCAAACCGAGGAUGUUAAAAAACUGGUUGGAGAAGACAGAGAUCGYCUGAAUGAGCUGCUUAUCAAAUAUAAAAGAGAAUUAGAUCUGUCAAAAGAAAAUAUGGAAAGGAUUAAAAGGGAGUCUAAAGCAAAAAGCGAUGAGAUAUGCGAAGAAACACAAGCUUAUUUGAUAAGAAUUUUAAUUGAUCACGCAGCCGAUAUGGUUGAAAAAGUGUAUAACUGGCAUAUAGAACAACAAGAGGCGAAUAAACGCGAGGUAGAUAAGAUCAAUGACAAUAUCAAACAAGUCAAGGAACAAGAAGAGGAGUAUGCCAAAAUCAUGGAAAGUGACUCAGAACACUUUAUACUAGAAAGUUAUCAAAGUUUACAACAAAAUGGUAAAACUCCAUUCAGGAAUGACGCAUAUGUAUUAUCGACUGAACCGGUCAAGCGCAAUGCAUGCGUUCAAUUCAUUUUAAACCCGGAAGCCAUCUCCCUUCUGAAAAAGCUGAAAAUUGGUGAGAUAAAGGAAAGCGUGACAGAUCCGUCGGUUUGCUUUAUCGAAUCUGUAGCUAACGUCAGAUGUGGUUUUACCAAUGAUCUUAUAAUAGUAACAAAAAAUUCAGAAGGAGAUGUUUGCCAUACCGAUCAGGGCUCCAUUAAAGUUCAAAUCCAAAGUGUUGAUGGCAGCGAAGUACAGAGGAAAGAACUGGUUGAAACUGAAACUGGAAGAUUCCUAGUACAGUAUAAAGCGGAGAUACCCUCGCCAUACAAAGUUGUUGUGCGUAUUGCAGGAGAAGAAAUCAAAAACUCACCACAGAAAAUCGAGACAAUUGAUGCUAGAGCAGACUUUACGUCCAUCGGUAGGAUCCUGAUCGAUGAAAGAGAGACUGAAGACAUGUCCUUUCUCUCUUCAAUUGCUGUAAAUGAGAGAUCCUGCAUAGCUGUGGUCAAUAAUCAUCAUGAAUACUUCCGCGUUAAGCUAUUCAAUGCUGGUGGAAAGUAUUUGCGAGAUAUUGGUGGCCAACUAAGUAAUCCAUAUGGAGUAAUCUUCAAUGAUGACAAAUUACUUAUCUGUGACAAUGCAAAUGGUUGUGGCUAUAUCAAGGAAUUUGGCAUCGAUGGUACUUACAAAGGAUCCCUGUGUAUAUUUYCUCAAGGAGUUACAAUKAAAGCAAUCUGCCGUUCAGUGGAUCAAAACAUCGCGUGUUUGGGCUAUCAUCAUAAAAAAAACCAGACAUUUAUAAAGCUCCUUGACAAACAGAAUUGCGACCGUCACCUUUCUGAGAUCACACUAAAGGUUCCCGAUAAUAUCUAUAAAGAGCCUUUUUCAUUGGCUUAUGAUAACAAUAAGUACUUUGUAUCGUUUUGUCGUCGCGUUGAUGUUUUUGAUGAAAAAGACGGUUGUCUUCUGUACACCUUUGGAAAAAAAGGGAGCAAAGAAGGCCAGUUUGGUGCUGGCGUGCGUGGGCUUUCCAUAUUUGGCAAUGAAAUGCUGCUUGUCUGUGACACACACAACCAUCGCGUGCAAGUCUUCAGUCAAGACGGACAGUUCAUAAGGUCCUUCGGGAGUAAAGGUGGUGAAGAGCCAUAUCCUUUUGAUGUCGAUGUCGCUUCAGAUGGUCGAGUAUUUGUUCUUGAAAACGGCAACAAACGAGUUCAGGUGUGGAAAUGACGUACCCGCACUAAAYAAACGACUUAAGGAUGCGAUUCAGGUUGUGUCCAUUGGUGCACUGGAUACGUACCCGACACAUGGAUAAUGCGUUUUAUCAGAAGUACAUUAUGUACGUUAUGUACUUCUGGUUUUAUCUUAUAAUUGUCUAUGAAAUACCAAUAUUUCUCCUUUUCGUAAAGUUGUUAUUUUCACUAGUGAAAAUAAUACAUACUAGUGAAAAUAAUACA